AUGGAGAACCAGUACCCCUCCACCGCCUAUAUGCCUCAGCCCGCCAACUUCGCGCCCUUCUCGAGCUAUUCCCAUCAGCAGCAGCAGCAACACCCGCAGCAUCCUCAGCACCAGCAACAACAGGCUCAGCAACAACAAGCUCAGCAACAACAAGCUCAGCAGCAACAGGCUCAGCAGCAGCAGGGCCCAUCGCAGCAAGACUCGUCGCGCGACAACCACAGCCACAACCAGACGCUGCCUCCUCUGCACACCCAAGCCGCCAACUUUGGUCAGCUUCCCUCCUUGUACAACGCCUCUGGUAGCCAUCCUCAGACCCCCACUACUGUUCAUACCCCUACUACUUCGUCCAUGGGAGCCAACGGUCUGCACGCCUUCUCGCAGCAGCAACAGCAGCACCAAUCGUCGCCGGCGACCACUGGUUCAAUGCUGCCACCCUCGUCUACUUACAUUCCUUUCUCGACAUCACAAUCCACCCUGCCCCCUGCCUCUACCGCUACGAGCGCUGCUCAGACCCCUGCUCAGGCCCGCCUACCCGACUUGCGCCCACUUCAACCCCAGACUUCGUACAAUGGUUUGUCGACGCUGCCUAGCUUCGGCGCAUCCGGACUCGUAGGCGCUCAGCCAUACAUGCAGAACCAUGAGUCAGAGCCUACCCACGUCGUAGGAUCCCAGGGAAGACGUGGCAUCCUGCCUAGUGCACCUGGCCGUGCAGCUGCUCCUACACCCGGUACCGCAGCUGCUGCCACAAGCAAGUCAAUGAUUCCAGCCAAGGAUGCAGAUGGAAAGUUCCCCUGCCCACACUGCAACAAGACAUAUCUCCAUGCCAAACACUUGAAAAGACAUUUACUGCGCCGUGAGUUAUUGCGCUUUUCGUCGGACACAUUCUCGCGUAGCGAUAUACUGAAGCGCCAUUUCCAGAAGUGCUCGAUUCGUCGUGGUAACCCUACAGGCGCAAACCAUCUCGCUCAUCAACGCAGGAACACCAACGGGUCUAACCGCAUGUCUAUCAGCAGCACCGAACCAGUAGCUCUCGCGGGUCUCGCUGAGGCUGCAGGUGUUAGUUAUGCUAACGGAACUGCCUUGAAUGGUGUUACCAACAGCCCUACCGUCAACGGAGAGGGCUCUUCAUACGCUUCAAGCGUAGCCUCCCUCUCGAAUCGCUCGUCUCGUGCUAACAGCCUCAUCCACCCGGGUGCAAUGACUAGUGAUGGCAGAGGCAGCCUCACAGGUAUGCAUAGAUUGGGGAAGCUAAACCGUGAUCAAUACUCAAUCGCUUCUGCAGGUUAUCCCAAUGGCGUUCCUUACAGCGGCAUGCGUCCCCACUCAGCCUCGAACCCCAUGCCGCCAAGCUAUAGCUUCCAGAUGGCCAAUGGGGGCCAGUUUUAUCCUUCAGGCGUCAAAGCCGAAGAGCAGGCACCAAACGGCUAUACUCAUCAGCCCGCUCCCAUCAGCGAAAACCGCCAACCCAACGGCGUCCCCGACUGGUCCAUGUUCGCACCUCAACACGCUCACGAUGGCUUCAUGACACAGUCCCAUCCAAGUCAGCCGCAGAUGCCCGUCAAGACCGAGGGUGGUAUGGAAGGUCACAGCUACAACUCGUCGAACGAGCACAGCAACGAGCAGCAGUUCUUUGGUGGACUCUACUCACAUCCGUCGGGCUUCGGCGAAGAUUCAGGUGCGCACCACCUGUCUGGUUUUCCAAACUGGAACAUGGAUCUCGUGCAAAGCGAUCCAUUGCAGGCCAAGGCCAAUGCAUUGCUGACGUACGUACUUUCGAACAGAACAUCCCCAAGCGAUGACGCUUGCGACGAGAUGAGAAAGUGCUUGACUGUUGAAAACAUCAAGCACUUCAUCGAGAAAUUCACCAGCUUCCAGGGUCAUUGGCCGAUCAUCCACAUGCCCACCUUCGAAAUCCUCAAAGCCAACGAUGGCCUUGUGCUGACCAUCAUCUGUAUCGGCGCCGUUUACUCCGAAAAGCGAGACCUGUACCAAGUUCGAAGAAUGAUGGAACUCGUCAAAGACGCUGUCAAGAACGCUUCAAGAGUCCACAACGUCAUUAGGGGCGUCGUCCCAGAGGGUAACCAACCUCUAGGCUCACUCGAAUCCGAUAUUGAAGAGCUUCAAGCUUUGUACAUGCUCAAGGUAUUGUUUUGCUGGCAUGGCACCCCAAGCCAGCGUGCAGACGCUAGGAAGAACUUUGACAGUGUGGUCGAAAUCGCUCGCCGAAUGGUUAUCUCUCCUGCAGUACCUGGACAAGCUACUUACAGUGUCCUCCAUCAACCCGGUCCGAUAUCUCAAGAUGCCCUUCUGACAUGGACUUGGUCUUCCUGGAUCGCACAGGAGAAACGCAGCAGAGUCGCCUUUACCCUAUUCCUACUUGACGCUGCUCUUGUUAUGUACUUCAACAACGAGCCUAAGUUCGAUCCAUUGGAAUUCCGCUUGCCGUUACCCUGCGACGACGCUGCGUGGGAGGCCAGGACUGAACAAGAAUGUCGCGACGCGCUUGGUCUCAGUGGCCCAUCUAAGCUGGUUCACAACGUUUGCGGCAGUCAACGACCUCGCCAGCCCGACAUGAGAAGCGCUAUGAGAGGUCUGAUGGAGCCCAAUUACACUUUCGCCUCACGAUCCACCAACAUCUACUCCAAGUUCAUCCUCAUCCAUGCGCUUCUUGUUCAGAUCUGCAAGUUCCAGCGAUCAAGCUUCUUGCAGAACAUCACGGGUCAGUUUGGCCAUGGUGCUACAGCAAGUGGUCCUGGAACUCCACUUGGACACAACGAUUGGAUUGCUUCAGAUAGCAAUGGCAAAAUUGGCACUCCUGGUGACACGCCGCAGGCCCACAAUGCACAGAUCCAACCCGUCCUCAAGUCUAUUCAGCUCGCCAUGAGCAAGUGGAAGUCAAUCUGGGAUAUGGACAUAGCUAUUCAAUAUCCACAAAACGGUAUUGGUUAUCGCCGUUUUGAGUGGACAGCACCGCCAGAUCUUCGCUUCUUGCAGAUUAUGGGUUUGCUGAAGAAGAUCAAAGGCUUUGUCGCCAACGAAAACACACAAGGCGGACUGGAUACUGGUUCUGUCGGUGAUAUUGACGAUACUUAUGGAGUCGGAGACCUUACACUCGACAUGAAACUGCUUUUCAAGCCCAUGGGAGAGGCAGACAGCCCAAUAGCAGGUGUUCGGACAGAUACGAUACGAUGA